AUGAAUGUCGCCAAGGAAGAAGAUGGAAUAUCUCCAUCUCAAGAAAUCGACUUUUGCACUUUGGGGAUGUUCAUUAUUGAUGAAAUCCACUACCUCCCACCAAAACCCUCAGUAUACGACAUCCUAGGAGGAGCAGGAGCCUACUCAGCACUCGGAGCCCGUCUCUUCUCACCACCACCCUCCUCCCACACCGUAUCCUGGAUCGUCGACGAAGGCUCCGACUUCCCCCCAUCAAUCCGCUCUCAAAUCUCGACAUGGCAAACCUCUUGCCUUAUCCGUACCGAUCAUUCCCGCCUCACAACCCGUGGGUGGAAUGGCUACGAUGAGAACCAAAACCGAGCCUUCAAAUAUACUACCCCGAAACUGCGACUGGAUGAGAACUCCUUAACUGACACUUUAUUAUUCUCAAAAUCGUUUCAUCUUAUAUGUUCACCUGCGAGAUGUAUAGCUUUAACCACAUCCAUCCUGCGCAAACGAAAACGGAUAAAUCCAUACGCUUCAAAACCAAUCUUCAUCUGGGAACCAGUUCCAGAUCUCUGUAUCCCAUCUGAACUCCUCAACACCACUAACGCUUUGCCCUACGGUACUUCCCCCUCCUUUCAAUCACUCAGGCCCUCCUCUCCUCACUUCCUCUCUUCCUCUCCCCCUCCACCUACCAGUCCGUCCUCUAACCUGCAUCUAGUCGACAUCUGCUCCCCCAACCACCACGAACUCGCCACGCUCAUGGGCGACCCCGACCUCGGUCUCGACCCCGUGACAAACACCAUCUCCACCCCCGCCGUCGAACGCGCCUGCGAACAACUCCUCGGCAGCAUGCCCCUCCAAUCCUACACCCUCGUCAUCCGCUGCGGUGCCAAAGGCUGUUAUGUAGCGAAAAAUGGGGGACGGUCUCGAAGACCGUCGGUGGUGAAACGGAAGAGGCCGGCGAAUCAUGCGAGAGGGGGUUUGACGCCGGAGGUUGAUAUGAUGGCGCUGUUUAGUGGAAUGAUAAAUAGGGACGGAUUCCUAGAGCGCGAAGAAGUUACGAUUGAUCCCGGGAUUGAGAGGUGGAUUCCUGCUUAUUUUCCUGUUCCUUCAUCAUCUACUCCUCCUUCCACCACAUUACCAUCACAUCCCCCACCCCCAACAUCCUCUUCCUCUCCCCCAGUAUCUCUCCCACUACCACCAAUCCCAUCCCCGGCCUCUGUCCCUACCCCGAUCCCACCACCAUCCCCUUCCUCAACCUUACCACCACCACCAACAUCCAUUCCCUCUCCCCCUACUCCGUCUCCAAACGAGCACACAGUCAUCGACCCCACCGGCGGCGGAAACACCUUCCUAGGCGGCUUCUCCAUCGCGCUUGCGCGCGGAAAGCCGAUACUGGAAGCUGUGGCGUGGGGAAGCGUCGCGGCUAGUUUUGCGAUUGAGCAGGUUGGGAUGCCCGUAUUAUCGCAGGGUGGGCAGGAGGGAGAGGUUGAAAGACUUGAGAAAGAAGGGAAAGAGAAUUCGGGAGAGUGGGAGGACGAGGGGGAAGGGGAUGUGGGUGAAAGAGAGGUGACAGGGGUGAAAGAGGUGGGGGAUCUCGGAGGAGGGGAGAAGACGGAAGACGAAAUGGAGGAGACAAAGGAACAUGACAACGAAAGGGGAGAACAGGUAGAGCGGGAAAAGGAAAUGGAGAUGAAAGCGGACGCGGUAGCAGAACUGGAAGAGAAAUGGAAUGGCAUCAGCGUAUUCGAAAGAUUAACCGAGUUUCUGGGACGCCCAGAAUUGAAGGGUGUCACAGGCGGGACCUAG